AUGCGGAGUGGCCGAGUGUUGCUAAAGCAGCGAGCAGUCUUCGUGACGGGUGCACGGACGCCCUUUGCGAAGUCAUUUGGCUCCCUUAUGACGGUGGAUAACGUGCAGUUGGGCACGGCUGCUGUCGGGGGCCUCCUGAAGAAGACCAAACUGGAUCCCAAGGAGGUGAACCACAUUAUUUGGGGCAAUGUCGUUCUACAACUUAGUGCCCACAAUUGCGCUCGAGAGAUUGUCAUCGAUCUGAAUCUCCCUAAAAAUAUCACGGGUCAUCUUACCAGUAUGGCCUGUGCGACAGGAUUGAACGCCAUGGUCCAAGCGGUGAUGAUGAUCGAGAGUGGCCACGCUGACGUCGUCAUCGCUGGGGGAAGCGAUAGUCUGAGUAAUGCUCCUCUAAUGUUGCCAUCUACUGUUUCGUAUGGGCUGAUAAAGCUCACCAAAGGCAAGAAGAAGGGCCUUGCGGCUGUUCCUGAGUUCUUCAAAGAGGCCGGAUACAAUCCUCUACGCUGGCUGCCAAAACCCCUGGCCGCGGAGGAGCGAAGCACAGGUAGGACAAUGGGAUGGCACGCAGAUUUAAUUGGGGAGCUCAACAACAUCGCGCGUGAGGACCAAGAGGCUCUUGCAAUUGCAUCGCACAAAAACGCAAGUGAGGCGGUAAGGAAAGGAUACAUGCAGGAUGAAAUUGUCCCAGUAACUGUGACAAGGAAUGGGCAAACUGCUGAGUUCGUAAAGGAUGAAUACGUUCAGAGCGACCUUGAGCAGAUGAAGGCAAAGCUACCAACCUUGAAACCAGCAUUUCGAAAACCGCAUGGCACCAUCACUCCCGCUACCUCAAGCGGGUUGACAGAUGGUGGCAGUGCCAUGCUGUUGAUGUCGGAGGAUAAGGCCAAGCAGCUGGGAUAUCCUACAGAUAUCAGCCUAAAAACCUGGCACUUUUCGGCCAUCGAUCCCUACCCACAACUUUUACUUGCUCCUGUACUUGGGUGGGGCCCCGCUUUGAAGAGGGCAGGCCUCUCGGUGAAGGAUAUUGACCUCUUUGAGAUUCAUGAGGCAUUUGCCGCACAGGUGCUUGCCACCAUCAAAUGUCUACAGUCGCCGGAAUUCUUUGAAAGGUACACUGGUUCAAAGGAGGUUGUGCUGAAGGAAAAGUUUGAUUUUUCAAAACUUAAUGUUAAUGGAGGCGCUAUGGCGCUUGGUCAUCCUUUUGCAGCCACUGGUGGACGCCUUGUAACUUCAUUGGCAAAUGAACUGCGCCGUUCAGGCAAGCGUCAUGGCCUUAUCAGCAUAUGCGCUGCUGGUGGGUUGGGGGGCAUCGGCAUUUUGGAGCACACACCCAAGGCAAAGUAG